AUGACGCUUUGCCAGACGCUUCGAAAAACGGCACAUUCUGGUGUAAAUGUGGCAUCUCGGAGCUUGAUGCGAUAUUCCACAGAACGUAUGUUCCCCAACUUUUCGGUGUAUGGCAGCGAUUCGGUCUUUCAAGUGUCUCCUAACGCUCCACAAUACACCAGCAGUGGCACCUAUUUGAAGACUAAACGUAUGGGUGCCAUCAUGCUCUCAUGGGCCAAGGCCACCAACUCGGGAUAUAACUACCAAAACAAGACUUUCUUUUCGCUAAGUCCUUCGGAGGUAGGACUGGUGCUGGAGCUACUGGACUCGCGCAUCCCAGAGCUGUCUCUCACGCACUCGCCAAAUAUGAACGCACCCGAGGAGGACAAGAACACCAAGACGCUGCAUAUAGCGCGCACAGUGGGAUCAGACGGGAACUCUUUGAUCAUGGUUAAAGUCAACCAUGAUGGUGAAUCCGUUUCUAUGCUUAAUGUGGGCGAGACUCGUGUUCUUCGUGAGUUAUUGACCUACUCUCUUCCUCGCUUGCUCGGCUUCCACUCUGUGCUGGAAGGACCUCUGAACAUUGACGGUGGAAGUGGCAGCGAAUAUUUGCGCGAAAGCGGCAACUCCUACUCGUCGGGCUCAGCUGUUAAAGACAAUUUGCAAUAUCAUUUAAAGUUGUUGGAGUGCGCGAGGGAAUUUUCAAGUCGAUUGCUCUCUCAACCGCUGAGGCUGUAG